AUGGAGAAGUACCUAUCUCUUAUAAUGGUUGGAGCGUUUGCUACUGUCUACACCUUUGCAACCAUCCCGUCUAUUUUCCUGAUUGAGAGAGAAAAUGAGGAUAACGCCAAGGGUGCUGCCGUUGUCUUCCCCUUCAUCACUUUCUUUGCAUUCACUCUCUUACCACUACUCUGGAUUUACCCACCGGAGAUCAACCCCCUCAGUACUCGGACCCUCAUUGCGUCGACCUGCGCCAACUGGAUCUGCAACUUUGCCUUAGUCUUGUUCACACCGCUUGUUGCUGAUCAUAGCCCACGGAGUGUUGAUCUCUUCUUCGCACUGUUCAAAUUUAUCGGCUUGAUAUUCGGUGUCUUCUUCUAUGUUGAGACAGCCGGGCGUCAGCUUGGAGAGGUUGACAGAAUUUACGCCAAAGCCCACAUUGAAGGCAAGAUGGCGUGGAGAGUCGCCCAAGAUAUGCCCAAGCUCAAUUUCGAAGAGAUCGUCCAGCAGUUUCGCGGCUUGGGCUUGGAUACCAACGAACUUGCCGCACAUGAGAAGAUCGAGCUCGGCCUCAAUAGCAACAGUGGCCAGGAGCUCGAGGAGGUAAGGGAGAAAUAA